AUGACCAAAGGUUGUUAUACCUGCCGACGACGUCGCAUCAUCUGCGACAAUGGCCUGCCCACUUGCCGGAAAUGUCGAGAUGCGGGGAAGGAAUGUCUGGGGUACCAGAAACCGCUUGUUUGGGUCAAGGGUGGUGUGGCUAGUCGAGGAAAGAUGAUGGGACGCAGCUUUGAUGAUGUACAAAAAUCCUCCAACAAGCCAAAGCGCCAGCCACCUACUGAAACACACGAUCUGACCACCGCGAACAACGGGUUCAACAUCUUCUCUGUCGCCGAAUCAUCGUCCGAUACCGAAUCGCACAGCUCUGGAAACCAACCUAGUCCAGAAACUGACAACUGGACAUUUGAGGCAGAGAAUACAGCGAUUGGAGGAGAGCUCAUGCAGUUCGGGUUAAACCCAACCGAGGAACAAGACACCGCACUUGUUCAUGUUCCUCGGAGCGCUUUUCUUCCUCCUGUUGCCGACUAUACUCCAACCCCAUGGGGACUGGUAGAUCCACUUUUGAAAGAUUUUAGCCAAUUGUCAAGAUACUACAUACAUCACUCUGGUGAAGACAAUCAGUAUAUGGUCAACGACUUUGCGCUUUACUCUCAACACAAGAACCCCUUUAGAGAUCUUACUGCGCUAGUCAAUCAUGCUCCUGUUCUCGCUAGCAGUAUCACGGCCCUUGGAGCUCUUCAUUCUUCCCUUGUGUCAGAGUCAGACUCGUCCCUCCUACCAUGGUCAUCCGGCAACCUAGCGAUGGCAGACUCAACCCUGUCCGCAGAGGAAAUUGAAGAUAUUGUCGCCCCAGCAAGUUCUCAGAAACCAACCUCGCAGGCAUAUCAACAUUUCCUGGAGUUCAAGCAGCGCGCCCUUCGCCAAUUGUCUAUAGAUCUCCAAACCCCCGCAAUGCAGAAAGACGGCAGGACUUUAGCUGCCGUCGUAUUGCUCGCGUUUCUGGACCUAAUUGAGUCUGGCAGUGGGGCCUGGAGUUAUCAUAUCGAAGGCGCGAAGAAGCUCCUGAAGAAUCGACCUGAAAAUAGCAUGGGACAAGGAAUUCUUGACGAUCUGGACGGUUUUGCCCUGGAUGGAUUUCUAAUAAUGGAAAUCAUGGGAUCAACGCUAGCACGCCCAGGCGCGCUCUCAAAACCCUUCUACUCCUCAUCCAUGGGUCCAUCGAUUCUCAAACGACUCGAAGAAAACUCCUGGGUCGGAUGUCCUGCCUACCUGCUAGAAGUGAUCUUCUACAUCCACGCCCUUUGGUACCUAGAUCCCGAAGUUACCGACACCAUCCCUCAACCAACAGCGUCCCCAGAAUCAAUCCUACCAAGCCGACCCCUCACACUAGACUCGUUCGCAAGCCUCCUCCAAGGAAUCCGCAACUUCGACCCGAUAGGCUGGAGCCAAGAAAUGCAAAAAGUCUUCUUCAUCCCAAACCUCGCCUACCGCCUCGCGCUCGCAACUUCCUACCAAGACGCCGUGUAUCUGUACACAAGCCGUGUCCUCUCACGACAAAGACCAGGCUUCUCCCCACCAUGGACAGACGUCGGCCUCCCCCUUGACCACAGACUCAUCGCCACAAACCUCAUCACCCAAAUCUGCCUCGUCCCAGCUACAGACCCGCACUUCAAAUGCCUCAUCUGGCCCACCUUCAUCGCCGGCGCGGAGUGCCGCCCUUCGCAACGAGGUCUCAUCCUCGAAAAACUCGGUUCAAUAUAUGAGACUCUGACAAGUGUUAAUGUCCGUAAUGCGGCGUGGGUCCUGCGUCUUAUGUGGCAGAAACAGGAUCUCAAGCGUCGAGAGCGUCAGAAUGCUUCCGAUGCGCAAAAUCUCUCUGGCGACAAUGGCGGCGCUAAGCCUGGUUAUGAUAAUGAUGAUGACCUCGAGUUCGACUGGGUUGAAGAACUGGAUCAUUCGCGCCUCGACUGGCUGUUUAUUUAA